CGAAGUCUCUUAAGAGGGUUCGAAAAGCUGGAGUCGCUGCGGUCAUCAAGCAAAGCGAAACCCUCAUAUUUCUCUCUCCAUGCCUAUAACAGAAACUUUUUCUCGUUCCGCUAUAAAAUGUCCAAGCGUUUGCUGAAAGAGCACAAAUCUUUGGCGGAAUCCCCUCUUGACUUCGUAGUCGACUUUGAGAUUGUCGGGGAUGAUUUAUUUCAAUGGCGUUGCACAAUGCUGGGACCAGACGACUCCCCAUACGCUGGUGGAAGGUUUGUCGUCCGCUUGGAAUUUCCAACGACCUACCCCUUCAAGCCUCCAAAAUUAGUCUUCGAGACAAAAGUUUACCAUCCCUCCGUAACACUCGAGACAGGGGAAGUAUGUGGUGCUGUUCUUGGCCAGUGGGGGCCUACAUUGAAUGUCCAGCAUUGCUUGCUUACUCUAUAUAGUCUUUUACAAGAUCCACAGCCCGAUCAUCCUCUCGAAGACGACAUUGCACAGCAGCUUGCAAAGAAGCCAAAGGACUUUGAGAAGACGGCGAGAAAAUACACGAAAGACUACGCCAAGUAAAAACAUUCUGUGGCACGACCCCACAGCUAGAGACACUUCGAACGUCCUCUAUUUAUGCGCAAUUUAGAGAGGGCCAUUUGCAAAUACAUUAAUGCUUAACCUGACACUUACUGUUAGCACC